GAUACAUCAAGCGAGGAGAAGGGAGAAAAGCAGUCGAUUGACUCGAUUCUUUGGGUCGUUCAUUCUUCAAAUUUGGCUUCGUCCUUCAGUCUCUUCCCCGGUAUAACUUGACCGAAGGACAUCUUAUACAUCCCGAGACCGGCCUUUCCCAACAUUAUUUGCAGGUAGACCCUGUUUGAAUUGUCCUUAGAAAUCAUGGAGUCGAUGCAGCUUCCAAAUACUAUCAAUAAAACCAAUAUGAACUUGACCACUGCGCCCCUUCUGUCUCCCUCUGAUACCGCCCUCCUUGAAGCCUUUAUUCCAGGUUACACAUUCAUCUCUCGAUUCCUCAUCUCUUACCUCCAAAUUGACCUCUCCCUCUACCUCCCUUACAUGAUCACUUGUGUUGUCUUCGCUGCCGUGCUGAAGUACUCUGCGUCUAAGCUCAAGGACCUCUUGGGAAAACACUGCGUCGCGACGGCUGAGAUCCGCCUCGACGAUGAAAUCUCCAAUUAUCUCCUCUACUGGAUGGCGCAGCAGCCAUUUGCAAACCGGAGUACACGAUUCUUAGCUGCAACACGGCUCUCCAAUCAAUCGUACUCUUACGAUUCUGACGACGAUGGUGACCAGUGGGGCGAAGAGGACGAGUACGACGAGGACGGGAACGUGAUCAACAACUUCGACGAAUACUGGGCGAAGACGCGGAAUCGGGAUAAGUUUAAGCGCCUGCGAUUCACACCUGCUGAGGGGACGCACUAUUUCAUUUUCCGCGGCCGACCGUUGGCGUUUGUGAGGGCGAAGGGCGAUAAGACAUCUUCUUCGUCCCGGUGGGGUGCGCGGUUUGAACCCGAGAGGCUGUAUUUGUCCUGUUUUGGACGGGAUCCAACAGUCCUGAAAGAGCUGUUAGCCGAGGCGCAGCGGGUUUAUGUUGGCCGUGACGGGAGCAGCACUAUCAUUUAUCGCGGCCAGAAGAGCCCCGGUGAUUAUGUUGAUUGGUCUCGGUGCAUGGCGCGCGCGCCGCGGCCCCUCUCCACUGUUAUUCUCGACCAGGCGCAGAAGGAUGCUUUUGUCGAUGAUAUUAAAGAGUAUCUUCAUCCCAGGACUAGGAGGUGGUAUUCAAAUCGGGGUAUCCCCUAUAGACGGGGAUAUCUUCUCCACGGACCACCCGGGACAGGGAAGACCAGCUUGUGCUUUGCGGUGGCUGGUUUGAUGGGGCUUCCUUUGUAUCUUCUCAACCUGAGCUCCAAGGCCUUCGGCGAAGAUGACCUCAUGUCCUUGUUCCAGGAACUGCCCCGCCGGUGCAUUGUUCUACUGGAGGAUGUCGACUGCGCUGGGAUUACGCAGAAGCGGGUCAGCGAUAGUAGCAACGACUCGGCGGGCAAACCCGCUGAAGACAAAGACAACGACACAUCCAAGGACGUCGACUCUUUUCCCUCAAAGCAGGGGGUCUCUCUAUCUGGCCUUCUUAACGUGAUUGAUGGUGUAGCCGCCAGUGAAGGUCGUAUCCUUGUCAUGACGACGAACCACCCUGAGAAGCUUGAUCCCGCUCUCCUUCGGCCUGGACGGGUCGACAUGUCUAUCAAAUUCGGAUAUGCAGAGUCUGAAGAUAUCAAAGAGCUUUUCUCAGCCAUCUAUUCCACGCUUGAGGGUGAUAUACGGUCAUCAAGGGCGAAACGAUCCAAAAAGGGCCACGUGGUUCCAGAGGUCCCAUGGCAUCGAUUCUCGCGGGAGCAAAUCCAGAACCUGGCAGACGAGUUUACUUCGCUAAUUCCAGAUGGGGAGUGCACUGCUGCUGAGGUUCAGGGAUAUCUCUUGAACUACAAGAGGCACCCUGAGGGUGCUAUCGAAGGGGCUGAGAGGUGGGUAGAAAGCAUCCAAUCGAAAAGGAAAGGGGGAUCAGAGGCCCCUAAGCAGUCAGGCUAGUAAUGAAUUGAUGAUGAUUUGUACAUUGCAUGUAGAUAGAUACCCA